GGUGCUGGUAGUCGCUGUUUUCGUUACCCGUAUGGUAGUUAGUCACAGGUCAAUAGUUUCAAUACGAUCAAGUUUGGUGUGACCCGGAUCACGCACCUCUCUCAACAAAAAGAGCAAGAACCAAGAUCGAUAUCCUCAAUCGUCUCGGCGCGCUUCACUCUACAAGUUUCAUUGUUUCAACUCAAUUCCCACGUCUUCCAUUCGUUAUUCACGUAAAUUAUCAGCUUUCCAUCUGCACGCACCAAAUCUACGUGACACAAAACAACAAUCUUGGGAAGGAUGUCCGUUACUGUGCCUUUGGUCACUUUCGAUCCGUCAGACGAGAACCGCGGAGGUAAACAGAGGACGAAAAUGGAGGAAGAAAAAUCUAAUUACAACGGAAAUGACGCUGUUCACUUGGCCAGUUUCACUCAGCGGAUGGGGCGAUGGAUACAUCGAUUCCGGCGCACUCGUCAAAUGAUGUCAGAUGUUCAUCCAGGCCCAGACGCAGGUUUUCUGGAACGUUACGCCACUGGAGAUCAUCAAGAGGAAGGCCGAAGUGAUGUUGGUUGGAAUGCUUUCCUAUGUCGGCAACACUGUCACGGCCAAUUAGUGGUGGAUACUACUCAAAAAGGCCAUUACAGAUGGCUGGGCAUUGUGAGCAUUGCCAUCAUGUACAACUACAUUUUCAUCGUGGGUCGUGCAGUAUUUUGGGACAUGCAGAAUAUGUGUCCAAUUGUUUGGCUGGUUCUCGACUAUCUUUGCGACGUGAUCUACAUGCUCGACAUGAUUGUUCACGCCCACGAAGGAUAUUUGGAGCAAGGUCUGAUGGUGACGGAACCACAGAAAUUGCGGAGUCACUAUUGGCAAAACUGGGAUUCCAAAAUGGACGUUUUGAGUUUACUGCCAACAGAUUUGCUCUACCUAGUUUGGGGUAGCCCGACAGAGUGCACCCAUGUUCCGUGUGGCGUCAUUGUUCGAAUGAACCGACUUCUCCGCUUGUCCAGAAUGAUGGCAUUUUUUGACAAAACAGAAAAUCAGACUAAUUUCCCAAACGCUUUCAGAAUAGCAAAGGUUAUGAUCUAUCUACUUGUAAUCAUCCACUGGAACGGUUGUAUCUAUUUCGCAAUCAGCAACGCAAUUGGUUUUGGAUCCGACGGAUGGGUGGUCACGCUGGUCGAAAACGGCACCAACCUGUCACUAACCUAUCAAUACAUUUUCACGUUUUAUUGGUCGACGCUGACGUUGACGACGAUCGGUGAAACGCCACCACCCGAGAUAGAAGUCGAAUUUGUCUUUGUGAUUGUCGAGUACAUGAUUGGCAUCCUCAUUUUCGCCACCAUCGUCGGUAACAUCGGCUCAAUGAUUACAAACAUGAACGCUUCGCGGACCGAGUUCCAAACAAGGAUGGAUGCUGUUAAACAAUACAUGGUUUUCCGCAAAGUCUCCAAGGAGUUGGAAGAACGAGUCAUCCAGUGGUUCGAUUACAUGUGGAGCAACAAACAGUCGCUGGAUGAAGGAAGCGUUAUGGACACACUUCCCGAUAAACUCAAAGCUGAGAUCGCCAUCCAUGUCCAUCUGGAUACGUUAAAACAAGUUAAAAUCUUCCAAGAUUGUGAACCAGGUUUGCUGGCAGAACUCGUUCUUAAACUUCAGCUGCAAGUCUUUAGUCCUGGAGAUUAUAUUUGCCGGAAGGGCGACGUGGGUAAAGAAAUGUACAUCGUCAAGAGAGGAAAGUUGAGUGUCUGUUCUGACGACGGCAAAACGGUUUUUGUGACACUGGGAGCUGGGAGCGUCUUUGGCGAAGUGAGUAUCCUCAACAUUGCCGGAAACAAAACGGGAAACAGAAGGACAGCCAACGUCCGUAGCGUCGGCUAUUCCGAUCUGUUUUGUUUGUCUAAAAGCGACCUGUGGAACGCUCUGCAAGAAUAUCCGGAAGGUCGAAAAACUUUGCUGGAACGAGGCCGUCAGCUAUUGCUCAAAGAUGGACUGUUGGACGAGGAAGUCAACAGACGACAUCAGGAUGAAAGUGACUCGGCUAAAGAUAGAAUAGAAAAACUUGAAAUGGCGCUGGACACGCUACAAACGCGUUUCGCUCGUCUUCUAGCCGAAUACACAAGUAGUCAACAGACGAUGAAACAGCGUCUCAGUCGAGUCGAACAACAUCAGCCUUCCAUUCGCGGUGAAGACGGAACUCUGGAAAAUGUCACGGCUGCCGUUAUUACUUCGACGCCCAAUUCCAAAAGAAAGAGUAGCAAUUUACUGGACGUUCCAUCGAGGAAAUAUUCGACGUCACGCCCCAAUGAUGCCACCGGCGACGACGUCGAUUGCGUGACAGCAGCAGCUCCAUUCACAGAAAACGGAUUCGACGCGGACCGGGGGGCUGAAUCUUCCGUUUCAAAAUGCCGUCAGAUUGAAAACGCUGACGAUAACCAAUGAAAAUCGGGGCGAAGAAGAACCUUCCCUUUAAAGACAACAGACACAUCAAGUUUGUUCAGUCAAGGUUCCAACUCGGAUAACCGCCGAAAAACAGUUAUUUUCCUCCGCGCACGUGACGUGUAUUCCAAGAGUGUUUUGAAUUCAGUCGCGAGCUUUUUCCAUUCUGCUUUUUUGAUCUAUUUUUAUCACAAGAGUAAAGAGAGAAUUCAACCCCUCUA